UCGCAGGAGUUGAUCAAGUAUAAACAACAACAAAAAGAGAGAAAACAGAGAUAGUUUCGCUCUUUAAAACACCAUAUUGUAACAGACAUCCUCCUGAUCUUGCGAGAGGCAACAAGGCAGAAAAUCGCGAGCAGUGUGAACCAAAGAGGAAAAAGACUACUGAGCUGAGAAAGGCGUCGAAAAGUCACUGAAGCUCACUUAGUCACAGGUAGCUCUUACAGUUAAAUAUCAAAGUGCGGGUCAUGCAGGUAUCUCUGGACGACGACCGAGACGUUUUCUAGUGCUGCCUGUUCUCCGUGUACGGAUCACUUCGCCAGCAGCUGACCAGGGACCAAGGAAUAGCCAUGUCCCGAAGAAAGCAGAGCAAACCCCGGCAGAUCAAACGCUCUAUUGGGGACCUAGACGGAGGCGAGGACAACCCGCCUGAUGAUGUCAGCCUGUCAGGAGAGGAGGGCGGGGCCUCGGACCAGGAGGACUCAGCCGAGGGUGACGGGUCCAGUCCGACGUCGUUCCUACCGCUCUAUAACGAAGAGCCGAAGACGCAGGAGCCUCUCAGUGAAAACUGUGAAGACGAUGAGAAGGUUGGAAGACAAAGCACUGAGGAGGAAGAAGAAGAAGGAGAAGGAGGAGAAGAGGAGGAAGAAGAAGAAGAAGAAGAGUUGGAUGAGGAGGAGGAGAGACGAGAAGUGAGCUGGAACGGACCAGAUAAUCUGGAACUGAAUGAAGCCAGUGAGGACUCAAAGAUCCUGACCCGUAGUGACCUGCGAGUAGAUACACUGUGGGGACCGUACGCUGGAAGCAUCCAAUCAGAGGAGACCAGAGAUGAGGCGACCAAUGAGCACCCUGGGCUGACUCUGAUGUGUGAAGAUGAAGACUGCUGGCUCACACGCGUACCUUUAACCUCCUCGUCCACAGAGGCCAACUGCAUCAUCUAUAGUCAAGGAGAAGGUUUGUUUUGCAAAGUUACUCAGGAGCUCAGUGCUGGAGACUCAUUACUGGCCACGUUGUCCUGGCCCGCCGUGGGUCUGUCAGUCACCACCCAGACCCAGAGUGAGCUGGUGAAGGAGGAGGCGCCGUACCCAGCGGCCCUGCACUCCGAGAUCCAGCUCCUCCCCCAGCAAGCUGGCAUGGCUGCCAUCUUAGCCACGGCUGUCGUCAACAAGGACAUCUUCCCAUGCAAGGAUUGUGGGAUCUGGUAUCGGAGCGAGCGGAACCUGCAGGCCCAUCUGAUGUAUUACUGCGCCAGCCGACAGAAGCAACAGGCCACUGGGUCGCCGCCCCGGGACAAGCCCAAAGAGUCCUACCCCAAUGAGAGAGUGUGUCCCUUCCCUCAGUGUAACAAGAGCUGCCCCAGCGCCAGUUCCUUAGAGAUCCACAUGAGAACUCACAGUGGUGAGCGUCCAUUUGUUUGCCUGAUCUGCCUGUCUGCUUUCACCACUAAAGCGAACUGUGAGCGGCAUUUGAAGGUACACACGGACACUCUGAACGGUGUGUGUCAUGGCUGUGGUUUCAUCUCCACCACUCGAGAUAUCCUCUACAGCCACCUAGUCACCUCCCACAUGGUGUGUCAGCCGGGGUCUCGUUCUGAGGUCUACUCUCCCGGACCUGGCUUACCCAAACUGCCUCUGACCACAGGUCUGAGCCCUGGAGACUCAGGCAUAGUGCUGAAGUGUCAGGUCUGUGGCUUCUCCGCGGAGACGCCUGCCCUCCUGCAACAGCACGUUCACACUCACCUGGAAGUGCGUGUACCUGCAGAGAGGAGUCCCACCCCACGCCAGAGCAACCCUUCCUUAGCCGAACAAGCUGAACCCCAGGACAAGGAGCGUGCCGCUUCUGUGCCCCGCCCAGACUCCUCCAGCCCAGGGGCUAAUGGCAGCUCCGCCACCUCCCAAGGCUGUAGCCCUUCAGAGCAGGUUCCUCCUGCCCAGCUGAGGAUAAAAGAGGAGCCGCGUUCAGACUCCGACAAUGAAGGACCAGAUAUUAGGCGGGAGGAGGACCGCCACAGCAACGCUGCUGACGCUGCCUCCUCUCAGCCUGCUUCUCCUAAGAGCCCAUUGGCUGUCACGGUGAAGGCAGAGCCAGCAAGCCCCACCCCUGGUUCCAGCCCUGUGCAUCUGGGCUCAGGUGGGUCUGUUUUGCCUGGCGGGGCUGUGUUCCUGCCCCAGUACAUGUUUGGCUCAGAAACGGCAAUUAUGCCCCAAGCGUCUGAGAUCCUGGCUAAGAUGUCAGAGAUGGUGCACAGCCGGCUAAAGCAGGGCCAAGCUCCAGCUCCAGGGCAGCAGGGGUUUUAUCCAGCUAGCUCUCCUGCCAGUCUCCACAAGGGGGCGACUUGCUAUGAAUGUGACAUCACCUUCAACAACAUCAACAACUUUUAUGUCCAUAAAAGGCUGUAUUGCUCCAGCAGGCACCAGCAGGGUGAAACAGCUAGCUUAGCAAAGGAGGGGGCAGGGACUGCAGCUCCCUCUGCAGGAUGUGGUGCCUCCUCUCCAAGUGCACCAGCUAGUCGUGCUGCCUCAGCUUCUCCCAGCUCCUCAGACCCAACACAGGGGGUGACAGCCUCAGAAACCAGGCUGGUGGAGGUGAAGAGUGAGACGCCGGGACCAAAGGAUGGGACCAGCUCCUCUUCCUCAGAGGGUGAAGGGGGAGGAGGAGGAGGAGGGAGGGCGAGCGAGGGCAGCCAGAGUCCCAGCGGUUCGGCCGAGGACGCUGAUGACGACCCCACCCGCACCUUCUGCCAGGCGUGCAACAUCCGCUUCAGCCGUCACGAGAACUACAUGGUGCACAAACGCUUCUACUGCGCCUCGCGGCAUGAUCCCUCCAAUCAGCGGCCCCAUGCCGGGAAGCCAGCGUUUCUGCCUCAGCCUAUCCGCACACGCAAGCGCAAGAAGAUGUACGAGAUCCACAUGGCGCGAAACGAAGCUUUGGCCAAUGCUACCACGCUGCCUGUGGUGAAGCAAGAGGGCGCGGCCACAUCCGCGGCAUCCCCUCUGGCCUUGGUGUCGGUUUCCGUCCCUGCCCGUGAUGCCAGUCCGGACAGUGAUGGCCCCAUCGACCUGAGCAAGAGACCUCGUGUAAGGGAGAGUCCACGCGGGAGCAGCCUCCCCGCGCUUCCCCUCACAGACUACCACAAGUGCACGGCCUGCAGUAUCAGCUUCAACAGCAUUGAGAACUAUCUGGCCCACAAGACCUACUACUGCCCCGCUACCACCCUACAACCCCACACGCUGGAGCAGUUGCAAAGGCUUAAGAGGCCUGCAUCCACAUCGCCAAAGAGCCGUGCCGUGGACCUCCAUCCGGAUACCAAGGCGCUCCAACCGGGAAAGGGCGCUGCAUUGCCUCACCCGGCUUCCCUUCCCAGCGGCCCUCACACCACCCCUCCUCCUCACACCGUACCCGGUGCUGGAGUGAAGCCCCCAAGCACUCCACCGGUGGUCUGCCCCUACUGCCCUCCCAAUCGUCCGGUGACUGGCGACUUGAUGGAGCAUUUCCGGAGCACUCAUGGCCUGGUGAUGGCCUUACAGCAGCAACAGCAGCAUCCCGAGGUUCAGCCUGGCAUCACCAGUCGCAGCCCUAGUCUCAGUCCGCGUGACUCUGCGCCACCCACGCCUCCCAGACCGGGGCCCCGGCCUCGCGCCGACAGCGUGAACGGGCGGAGCCGGAAGGACCCUUCUUCCCCCUCGUCUCCCCUCCUCAACGGGAGUCCCCAAGGGCUGCACGUUGGAGGCGUCUCCUCUCCAAAAGCUGCUCCUCCAGCUGUGUCGCCCUCUAGUUCGCUCCCUCUGACUGUGUCACCUGUGCCUGAGGCCUUGAGAGAUGCAGGUGUGCUUGGCCACACCCCUACGCCCGCGCAGCCCUCCGAAAAAAACCCCGGCCUGGUGCUCAGCCACGCUCAAGUAGCCCCGGCCGUACCCAAGACACCCCUGGUGUCCCCCCUGCAGAACGGAAACACCCGCUACUGUCGGCUGUGCAACAUCAAAUUUAGCAGCCUGUCCACGUUCAUAGCCCACAAAAAGUACUACUGCUCCUCUCACAGUGCCGAGCAUGUCAAGUGAGCCUCCUCUGGGCACACGCCGUUACAACCACACCCAAGCCUCUCAUAUCGACAAGAGCUGAUCACAGCAUCACCCGGAUCCAAUCUGGACAGUGUAUGAAAGCGGAACUGUUACUAGCCAGAUGCCGGGUUGCCGCGCAGAUCCCUGCUGUCCUUGGUUUGUUGUUACUAUGGUAACUUAUUACUCAUUAUGGGUCAAGUUUGUAUUACACUAAGAGAGAUGUCGUGCUACCUGCACACAUAGACACGUGUGCCCAACCGAACCCUACCCAGAAACCUCUGCCCCACUUCCUCCCUCUCAGCCUCCCAAACUCAUUCUUCACCUCCUUAGUUUUUACAUACUUAUGAUAUCUGCUGAUGUGACCUGUUGAUUCUGCAUAUAUUCCCUUGAAUUAGCUGUGCAGGUUUUAUUUUAAUCAGUCACGUUUUGAUAAUGUUGAUGUCAAUCUUGAUCACUUGUCCACGAUAAAUUGUAUGUUUUCUGAGCCAUUGAUAUUUGUGAUCAGACACUGUUUGGGCAAUUCUGCCCCCUUGUGAAAAUGUGUGAAUCUUCAGGCCUCUCUCGAAGUUGUGUUUUGACAAGAAAAAAAAAAAAAUCCAAACACUGACUCGAGUUUUAAACCUUGAGUUUGCAGACUUCUUUGGCUAAAUACAAAAAAAAGUGUCACAAGGUUUACCAAUUACAGAUGAAAAAAUUUCAAGCAAGGAAAACCAUAACUUAUGUGUCAUUGGAGAACUCCUCCUGUAUUUCACGUUAAGAGAAUACUACCUAUUAUCUUUGAAAAAGAUUUGUAUGUUUCUUUGUUCAUCGUUUUUUUUUUUUUGUUGUUUGUUUGUUAGUUUGUUUUCGUACUGUUCAAAGGAACCAUUUCAGUCUUGAUGUGUUGUAUAUGUCUGGCGAAUAUUUCAUGUCUGAAUUUCACAGUAAUCACUGGGACAGACUAAACUUUGAUAGUUUAACUUUUGUUUCCACUUCCAGUUUUUUUUUCCCCAAAUAUGGCUUUACCGUAAUUGUGCAUAUGGAAAGCAGAAAGGGGCAUAGUGUCCUUUAUACGUUAUAGCACAUUAGACCACUGGUGCAUUAAAGGUCCUUAUAAAGGAGUGUUUAUGGGCAUUGUAGAUGCAGACUGAAGAAAGGCUUAUGCAGAAGUAGAGCCCACUUGACUGCCUCUGGCAAGCCACACCUUUCCUGUCUGACUUAGGAUAAUAAAAUAAAGGAGAAGGCUAUGACAUCAUCAGCUGAAGCUAUGGAACCUUUUGGUGAAUUCAUUAGAAUAUUUGGUUCCUGGAAUCAGUACAUUCUAAUGGAGGGGUGGUAGCUUCCUUUAGAAAUGGUCUUCUCCUUUAUUUGUGGUCCUGGAUCCUUAUUGACAGUUCACUUUUUUUUCACCUCCCAUCACUAUUGUCCUGCUGAAAAUUUACUGUGCAUA